CUGGUUUCCGUUUCCGGUGGCGCCUCUCUGUGGCGCGCUCCUGAAGCGUAGCGGUCGCUAUGGAGCUGUUGGGCGAGUAUAUCGGACUGGAAGGGCAGCGACAGCGGCUACGGGUGCCCUGUGAGGCGCCGGGCGUCACCGACCCUUUCCAGAGCUUGUUGUCCGGUGUGGCUCAGAUGAGGGAGCUGGUGACUGAGCUCUUCGGCUCUCAGGUACAGCAGGAAGCACAGGACCGGGUGGCGGCGGCUCCCGACGAGGCCUUGGACGGUGAUGAUGAAGAUGAUUCAGAAGAUGAAAAUAACACUGAUAACAGAACUAAUUCAGAUGGACCAUCUGCAAAACGGCAAAAAACACCACCUUAACUAGCUUUUAUGAAAUUUAAAAGACUGCUACCAUAUCUUAUUUACCACACACUGACUUUUAAGGAAGACUUGUGCUCUAAUUUGGAAAGCAUUUGUUUUUUUUUCCCCCUGGGACAGUUCUGUCAAAGAGGAAACUUUUCUUCUGUUUUCAUCAAAGAAAGACAUAAAUGCUUAGAAAUGAAUCACUUUUCUUGGGUGAGAAGUCUGUUUCAGAUUAUGGAAAUAAAAUAGACAUUUAAUAAUGUAUAAUA